ACAGGGUGAAGGGGAAAAGAAGCGCAAAAAUCCCAUCAGCUUUGGUGUGCGAUAGAAAGGAUGUAGUCCAGGUCUGUGGCUGUCUGUCCCCGGCAUGGGAAAGUGGAUUACUGCUCUUCUACAGACGGUAUACGGAGUGACUGCGCGUGGAUUUUUAUCAUGAGAAGUAUGGGAUCUGAACGCACCAGUUUAAAGCCCUUGCUGGGAGUGAGUGAGAUGCCGUGUCGAGGCUAGAGGCAGCGGUGGACUGUUCCCGAGUCAGUGGAAAGCCCCUCUAGAUGAGCCAGUCACAGCCACCCAGCUGCACGGUAAAGGAAUAAGGAUUUAAUAUGUCAACAGAGGCCGAGCUCCAGCCUGCUGCCAGACCCAGCGUCAGAAAGGAUUCCAAGAAGAGAGGGCAGGACCGCAGUGAAGCAGCUCUGAUAAAGCGUUUUAAGGGGGAUGGCGUUCGCUACAAGGCCAAGCUCAUUGGGAUAGAUGAGGUCACUGCUGCAAGAGGAGACAAACUCUGUCAGGACUCAAUGAUGAAACUCAAGGGAAUCACAGCCUCUGCGCGGUCUAAAGGAGAACACAAACAGAAAGUUUUUCUCACUGUGUCCUUUGGAGGGAUCAAGAUCUUCGAUGAGAAGUCGGGGGUUCUUCAGCACCACCAUGCAGUUCAUGAGAUUUCUUACAUUGCGAAAGAUAUCACGGACCACAGAGCCUUUGGUUAUGUAUGUGGGAAAGAGGGAAACCAUCGGUUUGUGGCUAUCAAAACGGCUCAGUCUGCUGAGCCUGUGAUCCUUGACCUCCGUGACCUUUUCCAGUUGAUUUAUGAGAUUAAGCAGAGGGAAGAAAUCGAGAAGAAAGCUCAGAAGGACAAGCAGUGCGAACAAGCUGUUUAUCAGACCAUUUUGGAGGAAGAUGUGGAGGAUCCCGUGUAUCAGUACAUUGUAUUUGAGGCGGGACACGAGCCCAUCCGUGACCAAUCAGAGGAGAGCAUAUAUCAGGUCCCUACCAGCCAACAAAAGGAGGGAGUUUAUGACGUCCCAAAGCGACAUCCAAAUAUCAACCAGUUAGAGCUUUUUGGAGACAUGUCCACCCCUCCUGAUAUCACGUCCCCCUCGACCCCAGCAUCUCCAGCUAAUACUCUGGACCCCACGCUGGCCCACCAGACUCCAUCCGAACUGUUCACCCCCUUCAACCCCGCCUCUGUACCCUCAGGUUAUGUGACAAUGGGAGCCGUGCCGCCUGCAUGGGCGCAGCAACAGUUCGCCGCUCAGGCUCCAUUAGCGUUUGGCGUCCAGUCCCCAGUGCCCGUCGCGCAGGUCUUACCAGGCGCUCAACCUCUGAUCUGGGGUCAAGCCAACCUUUUCCCUGCCACCCAGCAACAGUGGGCCGCGAUGGCAGGGGCUCACUUUUCGCCUGCCGCUUUCAUGCCUGCCCAGACAGUAGGGCCGCUUUCUGCUGCCAUGUUUCAGACACUGGCUCCCAUGGCGGUGCCCGUGUCCUGCGAGAUGCCCGCGGCAGCCAUGGGUGGAGCCGUGGCAGGAACCUCGGCCUCCACGGCCUCUAGUCCGCAGCACGGAGAAUGCACGCUGCAGAGACAGGAAAAGAUAAGCAAGGAGAUGUUUAAGGACUUCCAGAUGGCAAAGCCGCCCACCAUGCCUGCCAGGAAGAGCGAGCAGCUUAGCCUGUCCAGCACCACAGACGCUUUCUCCAGCUACUUCAACAGAGUGGGAAUGGCGCAAGACACAGACGACUGCGACGACUUCGACAUCUCGCAGAUGAACCUCACGCCUGUCACUUCCACCACGCCCUCCACCAACUCACCACCCACCCCGGCCCCCCGGCAGAGUUCUCCAUCAAAGUCCUCAUCCCACGCCAGUGACCCGCCCACCGAUGACUCUUUUGGUGAGGCAGAGGGCAGCCCUAGUCGGAGCGGAGAGGAGGAUGCUGCUGGAGACUCCCAGCAGUCUCCGGGUGCGAGUGAGCCUCAAGCAGAGCCUGAGAGCUCAGAGACGGACAGUCCUCAGGUCGGUAGCUAGAUAGCGGCAGGUCAGGGUAGGUAUCUGUCCUCUUUUUUCUUCUCUUCUGCGUGUCGGCCUGCUUCAACCACCAUGACGUCACGUCAGCACGCCUUCACCCGUCCUCACCACCAUUACAUAGACCCACACAUCGUGGCCGUGUGUCGUGGUGCUCUUUCUUUCCUCUCUCUUUUGUCUUUAUGCUUGUUCUGCUCUCUAACUCUCUUUAGGCUGGGUUCACACAGUCAGUGUACUAACAGGUGUGACUCUUGAUUUGUCCUGUUAAUAUAAUUAUAGAUCUGAAUUCAAUCCUCUGUAACCUGUGUGAUCUUGAAUAAUGCCUGUAGUGAUAUGGUAACCAUCGUUUAACAAUAGUAAAUAUCAAGACUU